CAGCAGCGGGAAGUACGGGAACAUUACUGGGCUGCUGCUCACUUUUCUCCCAAAGCCUCAAAUCCCUCACUACAGUCAUUCCCUCCUCUGUUCUACAACUGGCACUUCUGCUUGGAACUCCAGUUCAAGAAACAUUUCUUAGAACAUGAUUUCCAUCAACUGAAUUCAAGUAUUUGGAGCAAAGCCAAACAUCACAGAAAGGUUGAAAGAUUCCUUAGGCAAAAAGUAAACCUGCUGUCUAUGAACAAGGUAACCAUCUUGAAGUCCUUUGAAUGCUCAACGUUAUGGAAUAAGGUGAAAAUAAUGGUUGAAGAUAAAGUGUAGCUGGGCUCGCUGGUGUCUGGAUGAGGGAGGACGCGUGGGCCGGCCCGCUCUCACCCGCCGCCCCGCACCUCCAGACGCCGCCCAGACCCGCUACUCGCUAGCCAUAAGACACGUACUUCGCUCUCCACACCGUCUAGGACACUUUUAACAAUGGCUGAAGACAGUCCAGUUGAGACACCAAAGCGGAAGCGCGGACGUCCCCCAAAGGCUGAGAGUGAGAAAGUAACCCCCAAGCGCAAGGCGGAGGCAGAUGAAGGAACUGUCCCGAAGAGGGGCAGAGGCAGACCUAAGGGUAGCAAAAAUAAGGGAUCUGGAAAUAAGAAGCCUGUAUCUAAGGGCACGCACAAGUUUUGGCAGCGCCCCAAGCCGGGAAAUCCCCGAAAAAGCCAACGCCUAAGUGAUCUUCAUAAAAUGGGAAGGCGAGGUCGUCCUCCAAAGAACCCUCCUGCGGCAAAAGAGGAAGCUGCUUCAGAGGAGUCACCUGAGGAUGCUGAGUAAGGAGUGAUGCUGCUGUCGCUGCUGCUGCUGCACUCUUCAACCACCACACCCCUGAAAGUAGCUGCCUUUGGAAGGACCACAGUUACCCUCAUUAAGAGGAACUAGUUAACGGAAAAUGGAUCCUGCUGUUUUUUUGACGAGGAAUUUUAUUUCUUAGUGACUAAGGAAACCUUCUCUUAAAUUUGCAGCUCUUACUUAUACCCCUAUAAUAUAUACAUGUGCUUUAAGGCCUCAAUGUCUUUGUACUUCCAAAUAGCAUAAAAGUACCUAUUUUUCUAUAUAUUUACAUCCAUAACUGCUUUUUAAUUAGGAUUUCUUUAGGGGUCAAGCAGGGGCAUGGUGGUCCAUAUAACCUUGGUUUUUGUAAGUGUUCUCGUACUGCAGGUGUUGUAUUAGUAGGUGUUCUUAUAAAUUUUAAUAACAUUUAAUAACAUUCUCUUUACUACAGUACAAAAUGAUCAAUAUCAUUUAAAUUUACUUGUUUUUAGUGCUUUACUUUUGGUGUGAAGUUCCUUUCUUUUUGGAACAGUGUCCCUAGUGACCUUCAAUAUCUCAUGGUUUUAGAUCUGAAAAGUGUUGAAGGUUGUCUCAAGUAUUACUUUUUGUGGGACCAAUAGUUCCCAGUGAUUGGAUUUUGUAACAUCAUAGCGGAUUUUUGGCAUUUGUCUUGUUUACUACUAUUUCAAUAAAUGUUUCAGUGGUAAA